AUGACGGAUGAUCAAGACCUUUCUGAGGUUGAGAUGAGUCCUGUGGGUUCUGAAGACCACCACUGCCUUUCACCAGGACCUUCCGUGGCAUCGGAUGCCAACGCUCACCUUUCCAACUCCAGCAGCGGUGAGAUGGGGAAGGUGAAAAAGGAGCAGCAGGAUUCGGAACCGGACGACGAUAAGUUCCCAGUGUGCAUCCGGGAGGCAGUGAGCCAGGUACUGAGCGGCUACGACUGGACCCUGGUGCCCAUGCCUGUGCGGGUCAAUGGAAGCAGCAAGAGCAAGCCCCAUGUCAAGCGGCCUAUGAAUGCCUUCAUGGUGUGGGCGCAAGCUGCCCGGAGGAAGCUGGCAGACCAGUAUCCUCACCUCCACAAUGCAGAGCUUAGUAAGACCCUUGGGAAGCUCUGGAGAUUGUUGAAUGAAAGUGACAAGCGGCCUUUCAUAGAAGAAGCUGAGCGGCUGCGGAUGCAGCACAAGAAAGACCAUCCUGAUUACAAGUACCAGCCCCGUCGGCGGAAAAAUGGCAAGGCUGCCCAGGGUGAAAACGAUGGCCAAGCCGAUGGGGAAGCUGGUGGAGCUGCUGCAAUCCAGGCUCAUUAUAAGAAUGCCCAUUUGGACCAUAGGCAUGCUGGGGAAGGAUCACCCCUGUCUGAUGGACACCCAGAACACUCCUCAGGACAGAGUCAUGGACCUCCCACCCCACCAACCACUCCAAAAACAGAACUGCAGUCGGGUAAGACCGACUCCAAGCGGGAGGGUCGUUCCCUUGGGGAAGGAGGAAAGCCUCACAUCGACUUCGGCAAUGUGGAUAUUGGUGAGAUCAGCCACGAAGUGAUGUCCAACAUGGAGCCCUUUGAUGUUAACGAGUUUGACCAGUAUCUGCCACCAAACGGGCAUGCUGCUCACCCAGGCCAUGUCGGUGGCUAUGCCGCAGCUGCUGGUUAUGGCCUUGGGAGUGCCCUGGCUGCAGCCAGUGGACACUCUGCCUGGAUCUCCAAACAGCAUGGGGUUUCCUUGUCUGCUGCCACAUCCUCCGUGGUAGACUCCAAGGCUCAAGUCAAAACGGAGGGCUCAGCUCCAGGGGGCCAUUAUACUGACCAGCCCUCUACUUCCCAGAUAGCAUAUACAUCCCUUAGUCUGCCCCACUAUGGCUCGGCCUUUCCCUCUAUAUCCAGGCCCCAAUUUGACUACCCUGACCACCAGCCCUCAGGACCCUACUACAGCCACUCCAGCCAGGCUUCUGGCCUCUAUUCAGCCUUUUCAUAUAUGGGUCCUUCCCAACGGCCCUUAUACACUGCCAUCUCUGACCCGGCACCCUCAGUGCCACAGUCUCAUAGUCCCACACACUGGGAACAGCCUGUGUAUACGACCCUUUCGAGACCCUAGGGAAUGGGGAGCAGUGUCCAAAGCAGCAGCGGAAAGGCUCCGAAGAAUCAGCCCCAGAAGACGAGCCUCCGAGUCCCGAGGUCAUUUGGUGUAAUCCAGUCGCCAGAACCCAACGAAUAUCCGGGCGUGUCUAUCAUGACCGCAGUUAUCGAUGGCUCACCUGGCUGGAGGAAGGUUCCCACCCACACCCCAUACUCCCAGUCCCUGAUUGGCUUCCAAGAUCCCAUAGGCCUUCUAGAUGAGGAUGAUUCUAGGCAUGGAGCAACUAGUCGUGGUGGGUUUAUGUCGGGCAGAUCGAAGGUUUAAAAAUAACAACAACAAUAGCAUUGAAAGAUAAUCCUCUUCCUUCUCAUCCCUUCCCUCAAACUGUCGAGACCAUUUGUCUGACAGUUGAGAAAGAAACCAAUGGCCAUUAGUUUGCCACUUGCUGUGGGUGAAGCCUGGCUAGUUGGACUCUCUGAUGGAUAUGUUACAGGAGGAGAAGGAGGGUGGUACAGCUGAUGUGGACAGUGUUCUCGGACAUUCCUGCUUCAGAGUUGUACAUGCAUGAAAUUUUGUUCCCCAUUGGAAGACCAACCUAAGCUUGCUUUUACUAUUGAUAUUUGUCAUCUGCAUUCCACUAUCCUUUAUCUAUUCCAUCGCCUCUCUGCUGCCUGGCUCUCUUAAGACUUAACUACACAGUACAUUGGACUCAGGAACUGCGUUAUAUGCUCUGGCCGCCUUUGCAUCACAACAUGUAAAUGUGCGUGUACAUGUUGGUCCCUCGGACCAUAAAGGGCAAAGGGGACUGAUUCCUACUUUGUUGUUAUGAACAUUUUGUAUUAUUAGUUUGUUUCCACUCUCUGUGGUUUCCUUCUAAACUCCUGCAGCUACCUUUCUAAUACUCCAGAAAAUACCCUGCCAAAGCCAAUGCAUUUGCUUGCUUAUGAGUGUGCUUGUGUAUAUGAGUAUGUGCAUGUGUGUGUGUGUAGAAGGGGUGAAGGAAGACAGAAAGAACCUAGAAACCAAGAACAGUCAGUGUUGUCCUCCAGCUUCAAUGAUGGGGAACAACUGGACUCUCCUACGUUGCAUCAUUCUUCAUCAUUGAGUAUGCUGACUCGGCCUGAUGGAAGAUGCAGUCUGACAACCAGAGACAUCCCCCACCUCUUUCCUCACUGCUUAAAUUCAGAACAAACUGUGUCAUGAGAACUUCCAUGUGACCAAGAUACAUUGAUGCCUGAGUCAGAAAUUUAGAAAAGUACAUGCAGUAACAGUUAAAAAAUUCCAAUUAACAACAUUAUUUAUUUACUGCAUUUUACCCUGCUCUAUCUCCACCCUGAAGGAGGCUCAGAGCGGCAAACAUUAGUCAUUUGCUGCCCUUAAAAGUUCCCCAUAAUGUAGUGUGAGACAGGCUGCCUAACAGCGGGACCGGCCAUGCUCCUGUGUUUAUAAUUUUUAUUAUAAAUUCUAAAUUUGCCAUAACAAAAACACUUUUGGUCCUCAUGCUGUGCUUAGUGGGUAUCAAAAAGAAAGUUAGUGCAAAAUUUGGAAGAAAUCUGCAUUCACUUUUCAGCUUUCAUAUGGAGGCAACCAACACAGCUAAAGUGUGCCUUCAUCUUUUCCAUAGGCCUGUGUGAAGCUUUGCAGGCCCAUCCCACAAACAUUAUCCCCAGUCAGUGAGUGAACAUGACACUUGGAUGACUGAGAACAUGAUGGAUGAAUCCAUCAGAAGGAGAACAGAUGACAUGUCGGAACGGACACUGCUGGACACAGGACACAUUGCAGUACAUGCUGUUCUUCCCAACCCCUUCAGACUGAGAUGGUUGAGGCUAACCUGCCCAAAGUUAUGAACUUUAUAUAUGCUUGCCUCCUUUUUCAGCUAUGGAUGAUUGUCUGUUUUCCAUAGUAUUUGAAAAGAACAUGUAGUGUGCCUGUAUUCCUUGUAUGCAUGUAAUCUAUUAACCGUUCUGCAUCCUUAUUUAUGCAAGUAGCACAUCCUUCCCUAUUCCCAGCACUACCGCCCUUUGUUGUCCUAGCACCAUUAACUUUGCAUUAAAUGUAUGGAAUAAUAAACUUGAAAAGGUUCA